CGUAUUUCCGGUGUCAUGGCAGCCUUCUGCUGAUGCCGCAUGGCUAGCUAUACUUGCCGUAUUUAAAUGUAUGUUUUUCCCGUCUUGCGGUUUUAGUGAUGCAGUUUUAAUGAAACAAGACGUCAAGAGUGAUGAUCUUGGGAUCCCAGAUAUUUAGUUUCAACCCCUUGGUCCUGACACCAGGUUGGAAACCACUGUCCAAACAUGUAGUCAGAUGUCAGUGUACACCAUACUAUUAUGGCAGAAGUUGUACAAGAGAAAAGUCGUGGUUUGAAGUUUGCAGAGCAGCAACUCCUGCGUCAUGGCUGGGAACACGGUAAAGGACUGGGGCGAGCUGAGAAUGGCAUAUCAGAAGCUAUCAAGGUCAAAGUGAAAUGUGACAAAGGAGGGGUUGGCCAUAAGGAAGGGGAGCAGUUCACCUUCCACUGGUGGGAUCAUGUCUUCAAUAAGGCCUCUUCCAGUCUGCAGGUGGAAUCUGAUCAGAACGGUAUUCAGUUGAAGAAGAGGGUGGAGGAAGAUGAAGAGGAUGGGAUGAUCUCCAAUAAAAAGCCACGGAAAGCCACGCUGGCUAAAGCCAAACUUUAUGGAUGCUUUGUCAAGUCUGCCACACUGCUGUCUGGUCAGGAGCAGCCAGAGCCAAAGUCUUCCAGCUCAGACGACAGCAGUAGCUCAGACGAGGAGGAAGACCAGAAAUUGGAUCUCUCCAGCACCAUAAAGCUUUCUGAUGCUGAUAUAAUGAAGGCUUGUGGAGGACGCACGGCUCACAAAGGAGCCAGGCACGGCCUGACCAUGAGCGCCAAGUUAGCCAGGCUAGAGCAGCAGGAGGCUGUGUUCAUGGCUAAGUAUGGGAAAAAGCGCAAACCAGCAAGUGCUUCACCAGUUUGUGUUACACCGACUCCACAGAUCUACCAGUCAGCUGAUCAGAGAGCUGAGAGGCAGGAGCAGACGGCCGAGGACUCUCAGAGAAAAAAGAUGAAAAAGAAGAGAUCCACUGGGAGCGUUAAUGAGCUAAAUGGUGAUGAAGUGUCUGAAAGUCCUGAAACAGAUGUUAAACCCAAAAAGAAAAAAAAGAAAAAGAAAGCCAGUGAGGACACUGAGGAAAAAACUGAUGCAAUUUCCACUGAGGGGGAUGUGAUCUGUGUAGAAAACGGUGAAGGAGACCAUUCUCACAAAACAAAGAGGAAACAUAAAAAGAAGAAAAACAAUGCAGAGCAGAAUGAAGAAAGAGCGCCUUCACCUGCAGCACAGAGCAAGAGUCUAGAGGAGACUGCUGAGAUGCACUCUGUCACAAAAGCGAAGAAGAAGAAAUCCUCUAAACGCCACAGUGAACCUGCUGAGGAAGAGGAGAGUAAUGAUACUGAAUCCAGCCAAUCAGAGCCAGUCCAGGACUGUGUUCCAAAAAACAAAAAGAAAAAAGCUGCAGUUACAUUGGACGAAGCAGAAGUUACAGAGGAGAACUCAACAGUAAAACAGAAAAGGAAAAAGUGUAAAAAGGACAAAACAUCUAUAGAUGACAAUAGAAACGAGGAGGCACCUGCUCCAAAGAAGAAAAAAAAGAAGUCCAAAGAGUAGAUUUAUUUAAAUAAUGCUUUGGACAUCAAUAAACCGUUUUUUCCCUCGCUGAUUGAGGAAAUUGGCAUUACCUUGAAUCAGCUCUAGUGUCAAACAUUUGACAGGCCUGUAAAUGAAUUUAGAUGUUUUCCAUUGAUUGGAGAAUAUCUUUAAUUAGUAAUUCAGACCAGUAACCAGAUAAUGACAUCCAACAGUUGUGCCUCUUCUGCCUGUUAAACAACCUCACUUGUAGGCUGUCAAAUAGAUUUUUCAGUCAAUAUUGUGUGAGCUGUUGAAUUUAUGAUAACGUGUUGCAGAUUUUUAAGUGACUGAUGGAAUCAGGUCAGUUUAGUUAUUUGUUGACUUUUUAAGAUUGUUGAUUGUAUACAACAUGAAAUGUGUUCAGCUGAAUCAGUGAGUGGAUAUUUUAGUUUGAUGCUAAAAGUAAUUGAUUUGACGAGUCCGCACUCUUUGCUAAUCCACACGGUGCAACCCAAACCCAGCUUUUCUAAACUGAGACUAAAAAUCAAGUCAGUGUUGACAUUGGUAGGUUUUGACUUGUUGUCAAAUAAUUAUAGCUGUGUUGACCACUUUAGUGUAGACAACUGUCAUUUUAUUGAAAGGAGGCAAAACAUGGAAGUGCACGUAAGAUAGAUGACACACUCGGUAUUACAUGAAAUUCUGAACUUAAUAUGCAAAUUAAAUGUGACACAUCAAACUGCAUUUGUCACACAUGUCGAAAAGGACCGUUUUUCUAAUUUUUUGCACGACACAUUAAGACACAUUGGUCAUUACGUAACUCCAGGAACUUCUGCAUAUGAGUACACAACUUGUAGCAACUUUGUUGUAUCAGUUUGCAAAUGUUUCGCGUAGAUGUUGCACAAGUCCACUUACUUAAGAUUUAGAAUUUUGGAUCAUUGUUAAGAAACACUGAGCAGUGAUCACAUGUUCCACUGACUUAUAUUCAAUGAUACUACAUUGAAUAACAUUGAUAUUUGGGUAUAAUAUACAGUGUCUUCGCAGCAAAGGUCACUGAUAUCUAGUUGCCAUAAUUCAAAGAUGAUUACAAAUUAGAGCUAGCUGUAGUUUGGCAUGCAACAUAAAGAGCAUGAAUACUUUGAGAAAACAAGCAUAGGGCUAAUUAGACCAUAUCAGAGUUUCAGCCUCACAGAUGAAUUUGUUCUCCAUUUUACAGUAUGCUGGGUUCCAGCUGGCUGUAGGUUGUUUCUCAGGAAUCACCAGUGCACAUUUGUCAGUGGUAACAAUGUCCUUCUUAAUCCAGUACCUUCAAUCACAGAACAUAAAUAUCAGGAUGUUUAGUAACAUGUCUAUUGCUGCUAAUAGAACUAAUAAAGUGGAACAAAUUGUGUGAUGAAUAACAUAAAAGGCCAGAUACAAAUAUGAGAAUAAUGAAAAAAUGGCAUGAUGUUUAUUAAGAUUUGUCCAGGUAGUAUAUUAACUAGAUUACUUAUUCAUUUGAGACUGAAAGAUUCAUUCUUAACAUUGGAAACAGCAGUUGGAUGAAACAAUCUCAUCACGUCCAUAAACUGUUUUGGAGCUUUAAAUUGUAUCCCACAAUAUUCCUUAGCAGAUUAAAUUUGCCUGCCCAGUUGUCACAGAAUUAGAUAUUCAAAUUUUCAUUAUUUCUGAGCAUUUUAAGGACUUAUCGUCCAUGUUGGCUUGAAGCAUGAAAUUGAAAGAACUGAUCUAAUAAAAGUAAUUUAAUCACUAAAAGUAAAGAGGCAGUGAUUGUGGCAUCUAUACAGCAUAAAUACGUAAUAACAUGUACAAAAACUCUGUUACAAGUAAAAGUCUUGCAUUCGCAACUUGUUUAAGUAAAAAAUACUUAUGUCAUUAUCAAAAUGUACUUCAAGUAUCAGAAGUAAAAGUACUUAUUAUGGCCCCUAUCAGAGAAUUAUAAUGCUAUAAAGUGGAUUAUUAUUAUUUUUGCACUAACAUGUAAGCAGCAUUUUAAUGAUGUAGCUGGUUAAGGUGGAACUAAUUUUAACUACUUAAUAUACUAGUUUUAUUUAUAGCAAUGUCUUCUAUCAAAAUGCUCCCCAGUAUAAGGUGUCCUCAUUUUAAACUCAUACUCCACACACGUGACAAGCUAUUAAUUUACUGCAUCUUUAUUCACACAGAGGAAAUUUACCACACAAGCUCUACUUCUCAUAGACCCAGUCCCGGAGGUUUUAGGAAGUUCACUGCCUUAAAAGGGCACCGCACUUCCUGAAAAGCCUUGUUUCUGAGCUAACAAACUAGUAAAUUAAAAUGUUUAUUGAAAAAAAGGCUUUCUUACCUUACAGUGUCAUUGUGUCCAUCAACCCAGAGCCAGUUAUUGUCACUAUUUUUGUCAUGUAACCCCAACCAGUAUCCAUGGUCUUUGUCGUAGUAGUACUUGAUGUGAUUAUUGAUGAAUUCCUGUCAUACCAUGGCAGAUCAUGAAAAACAUGCACACUUUCACACUUCAAGGUAUAGAUUCUGAUCAGACAUUAAAAACACUCUAUCUCCCGAAUAAAUACAAUUUAAUUUUGUAAAAUUCCAUUGCAUUUUGGAAAUUUAAUGUUGAAAUGUGAAUGUUUUUUAUGUUUCCUUGGUACUCUGAAUUGCCAUGCAAUCUCUAAAUCUGAAUUGAAACACAAUUAAAAACUCUUUGAGUUA